UUGGGAGAAUAAAUAGAGCCAGCAGCCUGAGUGUGGGGCAGACGGCUUCAUCAUGUCUUCUGGAGGUCUUCUUCUCCUGCUGGGACUCCUCACCCUCUGGGCAGAGCUGACCCCCGUCUCUGGCCAGGACCGUCCAAAGUUUUGUCAUCUUCCUGCUAACCCCGGACCAUGUAGAGCAACAAUCACUCGCUUUUACUACAACUCGGAUUCAAAACAAUGUGAAAAGUUUACUUAUGGUGGAUGCCACGGCAAUGACAACAAUUUUGAGACCAAAGAUAAAUGUCAUUACACCUGUGUUGGUAAGUAGA